AGGGUCCUGGAAGGACAACCCCGCCACCAAGCACGUGUUCUCCUGGAGCCUGCAGCAGGUCACGCGGCCCUGGCUGGCCCGGCACCUGGAGCGGACCCUGCCCCCGGCGCUGCUGCUCUCCGACGACUACCAGACGGAGCACAAGGUCCUGGGGGUGCGCUGCCUGCGCCACAUCGUGCUGAACGUGCCAGCCGCAGACCUGCUCCAGUACAACAGAGCCGAGGUCAUCUACCACGCCGUCUCCCACCACCUGUACACGCCGGACCACCUCCUCAUUCAGGCUGUGGUGCCGUGCCUGCUCGACCUGUUUCCUGUGCUGGAGAGAGCCCUGCAGUGGAAGGGGGGUGCGGCCCGGCCCAGCACACACUGCGACGAGGUGCUGCGGCUGCUGCUCACCCACAUGGAGCCAGAACACCGCCUGCUCCUGCGCAGGGCGUAUGCCGGGAGCCUGCCGGCCUUCGUGGAGAGGCUGGGGAUCCUGAGCGUUCGGCACCUGAAGAGGCUGGAGCGGGUCAUCAUUGGCUAUCUGGAGGUCUACGACGGACCCGAAGAGGAGGCGAGGCUGAAGAUACUGGAGACCCUGAAGCUCCUCCUGCGGCAUACAUGGCCCAGAGUUUCCUGCAGACUUGUGGUCUUACUCAAGGCGCUCUUGAAGCUGAUAUGUGAUGUGGCGAGGGAUCAAAGCCUCACACCUGAGCCUGUCAAGAGUGAGCUGCUCCGGGAGGCCACGGACUGCCUGAUCCUCCUGGACCACUGCUCUCAAGGGCAGGUGAAGGGUCUCCUGGCCAAAGCUCUGCAGAGCUGUGAGGACAGCACAGUGGCAAGCUGCCUAAGGAGAGUGCAGCAGACGGCGGGAGACACGCCUCGCGAUGGGACGUGAGAUUUGUGUCACUUGCCAAGAGGAAGUGACUUACUCCCCUGAAUCUCAUCUGAAGAGUCCGUCUCUGCCUCCUGCUGUUCCAGGGCCUUGUCAAAGGCAUGGAUUGGGAAGUUGUAGAUGUCGCCAUACUGAGAACACAAACAGACUGCCUUUAACAUCUCCCUGUUACGCUUGCAGUUCCGCUGCCAAGAAGCAUGUCAUUUUUUUCCUGAGUGAUUAAAUGGGGAUGUUUAAUUUGA